GAGUAGGAUAGCCCCAGAGGAGGAGGAUACACAGCCGCUAGCUCUUCCCCCGCGGCGCCCGAUCUCGUCGUACUUGGAGCCUUGGAGGAGACUCGAACCCUAAUCCCCUCCCGCCGCAGGAGAGAUCCCGCUCAGCCUCGGCUCCAAUCCGCGACUCGACUCGACUCGAAGCUCCAGCUCCGCCGCCGCCCCCCGCCGCUGCCGAUGGAUCCGAAGCUGGUGGAGGUGACGCAGCUGAUCGACCGCUUCAAGGCGGCCUUCAAGGCCAGCAAUUUCGACGUCUGCUCGACCCUCCUCUCGCAGCUCAAGGUCCUCCUCACCAAGUUCCCCAGCCUUCCCCCGGUGUUCCAGCAGACGCCCAACGCCGUGGAGGAGCUCAAGCUUGCGAGGGAAAUUUAUGAGCAGGCAGUUAUUUUGAGUGUGAAAAUGGAAGACCAAGAUGCAUUUGAAAGGGACUUCUGCCAGCUCAAGCCGUAUUACAUGGACACAUGUGGCAUAAUUCCCCCAUCAUCGGAGGAGUACCCAAUCAUGGGGGCUAACCUUCUGAGGCUGUUAGUCCAGAAUAGAAUUGCGGAGUUCCACACUGAGCUGGAGCUUCUUCCCGCCAAAGCGCUGGAUAAUGCUUACAUCAAGCACGGGGUUGAGCUCGAGCAGUCCUUUAUGGAGGGCGCAUACAACCGCGUGCUGAGCGCUCGACAAACCGCGCCGCAUGAAACCUACAUAUACUUCAUGGACCUUCUCGUCAAAACGGUUAGAGACGAGAUAGCUGGGUGCAGCGAGAAGGGAUAUGAUUACCUGUCAAUAAACGACGCGAAGCAGAUGUUUAAGUUCAGCUCCGACAAGGAACUGCAACAGUACAUCGCAGAGGAGCACCCCGAGUGGGAUGUCAAGGACGGCCGGGUCUUGUUCCAGAAGGCGAAGGAGUCCCAGCCCUGCAAGGAGAUCCCGGCGGCGCCGGUCAUCAACCAGACCCUUGGCUACGCGAGGGAAUUGGAGAGGAUUGUGUGAUUUGUUUGCCUCUUUUUUCUUCAUCUUUGGACUGAGUUUCCCAUGAAGAGGUGGAUUAUUGGAUUGCCCUGUGACUCGGCUGUACUAUUUUGUUAAAUCGUUUGUUUCACCUAGGGUUUCCAAAGCUACACAACUGUGAAAUGUCGGCCUAAAAUGGCACAAGAAACAAUGCCUGUUAUGUUAAUCAAUUGAUUGUGUAAGCGGAA